CCCGCCCCCACGGCGGGCUCGGCCCUCGGCUCCCGGCCGUCCGCCGUCGCCGGCCUGUCCAAGAUGGAGGGCUCUCCGCCGGCGCCGUUUGCCCUCCGGCUGCUCCUGCUCGCGGCGCUCCCGGCCGCCGGGUGGCUGAUGACGGUUACCCAAGAGCUGCCACUGCGAUCCCGGGCCCUGAAGGACAGCAUCAGAAUUAAUGUAACUACCCUGAAAGAUGAUGGGGAGGUAUCUAAAGAACAGGUUGUUCUUAACAUAACCUAUGAGAAUGGACAGGUAUAUGUAAAUGACUUCCCUGUAAAUAGUGGUGUAACGCGAAUAAGCUGUCAGACUUUGAUAGUGAAGAAUGAAAAUCUUGAAAAUUCGGAGGAAAAAGAGUAUUUUGGAAUUGUCAGUGUAAGGGUUUUAGUUCAUGAGUGGCCUAUGACCUCUGGUUCCAGUUUGCAACUAAUUGUCAUUCAAGAAGAGGUAGUAGAAAUCGAUGGGAAACAAGCUCAACAAAAGGAUGUUACUGAAAUUGAUAUUUUAGUUAAGAACCAGGGAAUACUCAGACAUUCAAACUACACCCUACCUUUGGAGGAAAGCAUGCUGUAUUCUAUUUCCCGAGAUAGUGACAUUUUAUUUACCCUUCCUAACCUCUCCAAAAAAGUAGAAAGUGUUAGCUCAUUGCAGACCACCAGCCAGUAUCCUAUCAGGAAUGUGGAAACCACUGUAGAUGAAGACGCUUUACCUGGCAAACUACCUGAGACUCCUCUCAGAGCAGAGCCUCCUUCUUCAUACAAGGUGAUGUGUCAGUGGAUGGAAAAGUUCAGAAAAGAUCUGUGUCGGUUCUGGAGCAGUGUUUUUCCAGUAUUUUUUAUGUUCCUGAAUGUCAUGGUGGUUGGAAUUAUAGGAGCAGCCGUGGUAAUAACCAUCUUAAAGGUGCUUUUCCCGGUUUGUGAAUACAAAGGAAUUCUUCAAUUGGAUAAAGCAAAUGCUAUACCUGUCACAGCUAUCCACUUAUUUCCGGAUAAUCCUGAGAAAAAAGCAGAAACCCUUGAAGAUAAAACAUGCGUUUAAAACACUAUCUCAAAUCAUGGACUCUGAAUUAGUCUUUUGGCUCUCAAUUUGCCACUUGAAUAGAAUUGUCUUUUAAAUCGCAAAGAAUUUGUUUAUACACUAGAGAAAUUGCUAAACUCCUAAAACUGUCUGAAACUUGUCCUUUUAGGAGACAAGUUAAAGUUCAUCUUAUUCUGUAACAGAGCUGGUUAUUCAGAUGAUUAAGGAAAAUUUAAAUGAAGUGGAAGAGAAGAUAUGAAGAAACAUCAAAAUUACCAAAAAAAAAAAAAAAAAAAAAAAAGGGAGAGGGCAGGACAAAAUGCCACGUGCCAAUACUUUUCAAGGUGCCUUUAUAAAGGAAAUUAUAUCCACUUAAUUACUAUAAUAUAUGAGACUUUAUGAAAAGCACUUUAUGAAAUUCUAAUUUAAAAGCUCAAGAAUUUAACACUUAUUUUUUUAUUCAGUAAAAUGUGCCUUUAUAUUAAGUAUGUGACUCAGCAUAAAAUCACUUAAGUGUAUCAUCAUUUGAUUGUAUCCUGUACGAAGACUACUUACCUUGAAUGCACCAGGAUUUAAAAAUAGUAGUGACUUGUUCUCACUCUAAAAUAAACUUUUUUUUGAGGAAAACAAUAGAGUUUUGGUAUAAAAACAUAUCCUGGGCAAGAACUGCUUCUGUGUCAGAGUUGAUUUCACAGACACUGGCUUUAGCCAUGGUUCAGACUGCAAAUGAGCCCUUUGGUCCUGGAAUUAGAUUGUACCUUGCUCUUGUGCUCCUUAAGUGUCAUUUAUCCUUCAACAGUGAUCUUUUUUUAACCAUCACCUCCAUUAACAUGUUUUAUAAUGUGAUGUAGUACAUAAAAUACUUGCUUUUAUUCCAAGUGACAGAUAUUUCCUAUUUUGUUUUAUUCAUUACUUUUUUAUUGCAACCUGUCAUUUUAAACACAUUGUUCAGUAAAAUAAUGACUGACUGGUUUGUAAGACCACCUUAGUGGAGAGGGGAAAAAAAUAAAACCAUCUUAGAGUUGGGUUAAGUAGAUAUGUAUGUGUGGGGUAAGGAUGACAGGGAGCAGAGUGAAGGAGUGAGGUUUUAUCCCGCCUAGCUGUUUUUUGUUUUGUUUUGUUUCCACCUAGCUGUUUUUAAUAAGAAAUAACAGCCCUGUGAAAUAUACUUUCUCCAUAUUAUAUGAAUAAAUAAUAGCAUGUGAUUCACUUUGAUCCUAAAGUCACCCAGCCAGUAACACUUUAUGUCCUUCCUCACUUUAAGAUGCUGGAAAUCACCAAUUCUAACUUCAAAGAAUGACAGUCUAUUAAGCUUACAGAGAAUCUCAUGAGAACUGUGGAGGAGGCUAAGUGGCCAACUGGAGAGUGUAGGCUUUACAGUCAGCAGAGUCCUGUCCUGCUUUGCCUCCUUAUCAGGGAGACCAGGAACUAUGGCUUGGUGCUCUCUUUUCUAUGGUUGGGAUGAUACAGUUAUUUUUUAAAAAGUAAUCCUUAAAAUUUUUAAAAAAAAAUAUUGUAUUUAUUUAUUCAUGAGAGACAGAAAUAAGCAGGCUCCUUGCAGGGAGCCUGAUGUGGGGCUCAAUCCCGGGACUCCGGGAUCACACCUGGGGCCGAAGGCAGAGGCUCAACUGCUGCGCCACCCAGGUGUUCCUAAAAAGUAAUCCUAAACAGGUAGCUUACUUAAGAUCUUAUACCAUUAACUUUUAACUUAUACCAUUAACUGUUCAUUUAAUUAUGCUUUGUAUCCAUGAAAGAAUGUGCUAAUGAAUUUCAUUCAUUAGAGCAAAGGGAGCAGCCUGUAGUGCAGCCUCAUAUGUAGGCAAACUAAAGUCAAGCAGAAGUGUGUGUGUGUGUAUUUUUUUUUCUCUUUAAGUAUAUUAUAAAAUGAAGGGUCUUUAAAGCUCUCCCAGGAAGAGGAGGGAAGCUACCUUAACGCCAAGCAGGAAGGCACAGUGGGUGCAUGGUUUGUGCCUCAAUUGGCUACUUAUGUAAAAUGUUCAGGAAUUUUCAGUUAUUCACUGGCACCCAAAGUGCUAGAGCCAAUCUUACUCCCUAAAAGGAAUGGCAGCCGGACAGUGGAAGAGAAGAUGCUGUACCUAGAAGUGCAUACAAAGACACUUCCAACCUAAGUAAUUGCAUCUGUGCUGCAAACAUACAUGGUCAGUGAAAGAAAUUAGCUAAUACUAAAGUAAAAGAGAUUUGCUUGCAGCUUUAAAAAAUUGCCUUUAUUUAUUCAGAAUCAUACUUUUCUUUUUUUAAAAUCUUACCAUUAUGAAACUUUAAAAAAAUAUAGUACUCAAUGCAAUGAAAUACUACAUUUAAUUAUUAUUCAAACACUUAAGGCAGGUUUCUCACAGUUUGCAUGUGAGAAUUUAGCAUGAUCCAAACUCAAAUAUCCAUUUCUCAUAUCUUUCAAUGUCUGCAGCAGAAACUGACUUAGAAACCUUUUUUAAAGCCAUUUCAAAAUCCUCCAUAGUUGUAGGCAUGUGCAUUUCUUCUCUUGAAAGAUUUCUGAUUUCUUCUGGGGUCAAACCUUCAAUACGCCUUCUCAUUGCCAUCAAGGAUGCAUCCCUAGGUUUUAAAUUAAAACACACUGUUAUUUUGAUUGAAUAAAAACUUGUAAACAA